AAUUAAAAAUUUUGGAUGUCUUAAAUGAUUUGAACAUUGAUUUGAUUGUUAAUGAAAUUUCUAUUCCAGUUUUGAACAACAAUACAAAUAUGAUUUUUGACGAAUUACCUAAUUUUGAAUUGCAAGAAACUAAUGAUAUUAAAAUUAAUGACUAUCAAGAAACAUCAAUUGGUUUAAAGAAAAAGAAAAGGUUCAAUCUCAAUAUACCACAAAGAACAGAAGGAAUGCUAAAUCAAAUAAAAAAAGAAUUUUACCAGUCUCUUAAACAAUAUUGGCAAUUUGACAAUGAGCUGUCUUUUGUAAGUUGUUUGUUAGAUCUUCAUGUUAAGGAUCUAGGAUUUUUAACCUCUGCACAACAAAUCAAAAUAUGA